UUCUGGCAUUCAUUACACAAGGGAGUGAUUUGCCUGUCACAUAAACAGAGUAAAUCCACACCCAGAAGCACCAUCCUGCCGCUGCAUCGGUGGAGCCUGGAGACCAAAGGAACCAUGCUUCCCAUGUUUUCGGGAAAGUUAUGCCACUUUCUCAGCAUAGCUCGGUUCCCUUCUAUUCUGUUCCUUGGAAUUAUUUAUGUAGCCUAUGUCCUUGUUGGAGGUCUGAUCUUCUGGAAACUAGAAGGAUGGUAUGUGCUACAACAGAUUGAUCUCCUGAAAGAGAAAAGAAUGAAACUACUUGAGAAGUACCCAUGCGUGGGUCAGAAUGGGCUCAGAGAACUAGCACAGAUGAUAAAAGCUGCUUCGCUGAGUGGUUUAAGUCCAGAGAGCAAUGACACCGCAGAUGGUUUCUGGAAAUUUACCAGCUCAUCUGUGUUUGCAGCAACUGUGGUCACAACUAUUGGCUAUGGGAAUAUAAUUCCAUUGACGACAGCUGGUCAAAUCUUCUGUGUUUUGUUUGCGCUUUUUGGUGUUCCCCUGAAUGUAGUGAUCCUAAAUAGAGUUGGAAAAUACAUGUUGGCAAUUGAAAGGAAUUUUUGCAAUUUUCUGGAGAAAAAAAUUGAUAGAGGGAAAUGUGUACGAAUAUCCAUUCACAGUAUAUCUUUUGUGAGCUCAGCAUUUUUGUACUUUGUGGUUCCUAUGCUGCUUUUUAAAGAGUAUGAGGGAUGGAGUUACGCUGAAGCCAUUUAUUACUGCUUCAUAACACUCAGCACUAUUGGAUUCGGAGAUUAUGUUGCAGAUCACAAUCCAGAAAUAAACUACCCAGAGUGGUACAGUUGUUUGAUGGCAGUCUGGAUAUUCUUUGGACUGGCUUGGCUUGCUCUUCUCGUCAAUCACUCCAUUGAAUUACUGGAGAGCCUGAAUGCAUACAUGAGAGGAAGGCAGAAUGCACAAACACAAGUGGAGGAGUCCAAAGAACAGCCAGAUAAAGGACUAAAAGGGGAAGAAACAUGAAACAUGAAAAAUGAAUUUAACAGUGGUAUGAAAAACAGGAUAAUGUCUGGUGUAUGAAUAAUGCUUUAUCUACUCAUCAUUAAACAAUAUAUUUAAUUAUUAACUUAAAUACUUAAUAUUUAAAGAAACCUUCAAAUUUAUUGAUAAAAUUCAAAGCUUCUAAAACUGAGCUAAAUGUUUUGAUUAUGUUUUGAUUUGACAAUGAAAUUUGAGCUGUUUGGAUUCACUUGCUUGGUUCACUUAAAAAAAUGAAUGUCACACCAAAAACCUCCAGGCCUAUAUUAAACUUACAACAGUGAAAGAAUGAUUUUAUUUAUUAUAUAAUACCUAUAUUUCAAGCAUUGAUAAUAUUACAUAUUUUUCAAAUGUCUGAAUCAAUAUAUUUCAGUGAUAUCAAACUAGAACACAGGUUCAUAAUAAUUGAUCUUUGUUUGAGUGUGGAUUAUGCAGUGAAUUUAAGGGGAAGUCUUUUUUUCUAUAGUUUUGAGGUAUGUUAUGGUUUUUACAGAUCCCACAAUAGUUUUUGCUGCCCCAACAUAGGCAUGUAUUAACUGUUAAAUUCUUUUCAAACAACACAUAUAAGUUUUGAUAAUUGUGUAAUGUAAAUCUAAAAUAAACAGAGAAAUUUUGACAAUGUUACAUCAUUAUAUCACAUGAUAUAGAUCCUGAUUCCUUAAAAAGAAAACAAUCAAGCAACCUAUUUAUGUCGUUACCUCCAAAUGCUAACAUGAUUUCUGCGUUUAAGACUCUAUUUAGGGAAAACUGACGAUAUACACUCUAACCAAGUACUGUUCAUACAUCCUAUGUCUACAGCAACUGCAGUUGUAUGUUAAGCAUCACACUGAAAGAAUUUCUGCUGUUUUAACAGAAAAGGAUAUAUUACGGAUCCCAGGAGUUCCAAGUAUGUAUCCAGGUAAAUUGGGCCAACUAGGCUUGAUUGUACUGUACAUUGUACACAAUAAAUGGUCUUAAAUUAAAGGAACAUUGUUUCUCUAAAUUAUGAAGUAAGUUCUGCUGCUGCACUUUAACACUGGUGAAACCUCAAAGUAGAGCUCCCUCAUCAUGAAAGGUAGUAAGUGUGUGUAUAUAUAAUACAUAUGACAGACAUUUCUUUGGCUAUGUACAGCAUGGAAACAUCAAUGUGCAGUCAUGAAUUUGCAGUCAGUAAUUAAAUGGUUUGUUGACUGUUUUGGGGGAAGAAGUUACAUUUAAAGUUCAAUUACAUUAAAAUUCAAUUGAUCAGUUAAUUUAUUCAGUG